AGCUCGGCAAAACACUACUCUCACUUAUGUUUGUGUGUUAAGUGUAGUGGACUUCAUUAGUAUGCUUCCACUGCCAAUGACUAUCAUUGACCAGGUAACAUCCUUGUUAAAUGAGAAUUUUGCAACAGAUCCUCGGAUUCUGGAUGUUUGGAACUGUGGCUUGCAAGCUGGUGCGGCUGCUCGAGCACAGUGGAAAAAUAUUUAGCA